AUGGGAGGAAAAAUAUCAAAACAAGAAGAACAAAAGAAAGAAUAUACAGGACAACCAGAAGGAACACCUUAUUAUGAAAUUCAAGGAUGUGAAUUAGCUAAAAUGAUUAGUACUAAUAAUAAAGAAAUUUAUGAUAAAUAUGGAGGAAUUAUUGGAAUUAGUAAAAUUCUUAAAGUUGAAUUAGAUAAAGGAAUUUGUGAUGAAUCAUAUAAUAAAAGACAAGAACAAUUUGGAAAAAAUAGAACACCAGACCCUAUUAUUAUUCCAUUUUGGAAAAUUUGGUUUGAAGCACUUCAAGAUAAAACACUUAUUAUUCUUAUUAUUGCAGCAAUUAUAUCAUUAAUAUUAGCAUUUGUUGUACCUAAUUCAGUUAAUAAAUGUUUAAGUAAAGAAAAAGAAGAAAAUAAAGAAAUUAAUACAGAUUGGAUAGAAGGAAUAGCUAUUUUACUUGCAGUUCUUGGAGUUUCACUUGGAGGAUCAGUAUCAGAUUAUUCUAAACAAAAAAAAUUUUUAGCUCUUUCAAAAGAAGAAAAAGAUGUUGGAAUUAAAGUUAUUAGAAAUGGAAAAAAUCAAAAAAUAUCAAUAUUUAAUUUAACUGUUGGAGAUAUAGUUAAUUUAGAUGUUGGAGAUAUUAUUCCAGCUGAUGGAAUUUAUAUUCAUGGGAAUGAUCUUAGAAUUGAUCAAGCUAAUAUGACAGGAGAAUCAAUUGCAAUUAAAAAAACAGAAGAAAAUUUUAUUAUGAUGUCAGGAACAAAAGUUACAGAUGGAAAUGGAAAAAUGCUUGUUGUUGCAGUAGGACCAAAUUCAUUAUGGGGAAAAACAAUGGAAUCAAUUAAUCAAAAUAAAAAUACACCAACACCAUUACAAGAAAAUUUAGAUGAACUUGCAAUUAAAAUAGGAUAUUUAGGAAUAGGAUGUGGAAUAAUAGUAUUUAUUAUUUUAAGUAUUUAUUAUAUAAUAUCACAAAUUACACAUAAAGAUGUAUUAAAAGCAGAUGAAAAGAAUGGAAUUAU